AUGGCGGCGGAGCCUGCGGGCGAGCGAAAAGAGCACCCGACAACAUUUAGUCUGCAGAGCUCAGCGUUUCAGCACCAAAGGACAGGCGCUGCCCGGAGCCCGAGGGUCUGCGCCCGCGGGACUCGCCGUCCGAGCCCUGAGAGUCCGGCAGCCGCCGAGAGGGCGGCCGGGCUGUGGUUGCCCCUGGGAGAGCGGGAGCCCCUUCCCCGGGAAGGCCACCCAGUGCGCGCGUCCUGCGCCCCACACCGGACUCGCCCGAGGCGGGGAGGCUCCCGACCCCGGCCGCACCGCCCCGCGCCCCCCGCCGCCCGGGAAGGGAGAAGGGCGGUGCCCGGACCCGCCCCAACGGCCGCGCCCUCGCACCUCCGCGGCGAAUCGCGCGCCGCCCCGCCCGCCUUCCGUUGGCAGCGCCGCCGGCGCGGGAAGCCGAGCCUCGCGUCCUAUCGCGCACGCGCCGCUCCGCCCCGCUGCCCCCGCCCGCCUGCAGCCAAUCGGCGGCCGCUCCGAGUACGCGGCACCGGAAGCCUCCGCGCGGCGCCGGAAGUGACGCUCCAGCGUGCUGACGCGCGGGCUCUAGCUGAGGCCGAUUCCGCGCCCGCCAUGGCCGACAAAAUGGACAUGUCUCUGGACGACAUCAUUAAGCUGAACCGAAGCCAGCGAGGCGGCCGCGGCGGGGGCCGGGGCCGCGGCCGGGCCGGCUCCCAGGGCGGCCGUGGCGGCGGUGCGCAGGCCGCCGCGCGAGUGAACCGAGGCGGCGGCGGGCCCAUCCGGAACCGGCCGGCCAUCGCCCGCGGCGCUGCGGGCGGCGGCGGCAGGAACCGGCCGGCGCCCUACAGCAGGCCGAAACAACUUCCUGACAAAUGGCAACACGACCUUUUCGACAGCGGAUUUGGGGGUGGUGCCGGCGUGGAGACGGGUGGGAAACUGCUGGUGUCAAAUCUGGAUUUUGGAGUAUCCGACGCUGAUAUUCAGGAACUCUUUGCUGAAUUUGGAACUCUGAAGAAGGCGGCCGUGCACUAUGAUCGCUCUGGCCGCAGUUUAGGAACAGCUGAUGUGCACUUUGAACGGAAGGCAGAUGCCCUGAAAGCUAUGAAACAGUACAACGGUGUCCCUUUGGAUGGCCGCCCCAUGAACAUUCAGCUUGUCACAUCACAGAUUGACACACAGCGGAGACCUGCACAGAGUGUAAACAGAGGUGGAAUGACUAGAAACCGUGGUUCUGGAGGUUUCGGUGGUGGUGGCUCCCGGAGAGGCACCCGUGGAGGCAGCCGGGGCAGGGGCAGAGGCACUGGCAGGAGUUCAAAGCAGCAGCUUUCUGCAGAGGAGUUGGACGCCCAGCUGGAUGCUUAUAACGCAAGAAUGGACACCAGUUAAACAGACCAGCAAAUCCGUGCAUGGGACAGGACCCAGACAUCUCGUGUGCGCUCCCUGACGGGAGGAGGGUGGCAGACUGGGGCUGUGUGGCCAAUGAUGGAUUUGUUUCUUUUAUGUUUUAAAAUAGGAUUUAAAACUCUUGUAAAGGUUUUUUUUGUUUUUUGGUUUUGUUUUGUUUUUUUUUAAUUCUGAAACAGACCUGUUUUGUACCAAGUUAUUUUUGGGAUAAAUUUUACUGAUUGCUGUUGUGGAGAAGGUGGUGUUUUCACCUUUGCCAUAAUAAAAUAGAAAUGCGUGUAGAA